UUAAAUAUUUAAGAUAAUAAUAAAAUUAAUUAGAACUUUCAAAAAAUUUAGGAAAGGAAAUAAACACAUUUAUUUAUUAAAUAAAGGAUACUUCAACCAACUAACAACUAGCCAAAAGCAAAACAUUUUUAAUAAAAAAGCUAUUAUAUCAAUCUACAAAACUUAAAAAUGGGUCGUAAGAAAAGAGAUUUAUCACAUUUAUUGCCAUUCUGCUAUUAUUGCGAUAAAACAUUUGAGAAUGAAAUUAUUUUGCAUCAACAUUAAAAAGCCAGACAUUUCACAUGUGAAAAAUGUUAAAAAAAAUUUAGUACAGCAGAUCUGAUUAAGAGUCAUUUGCAUUAAUCUCAUAAUGAAAACUUAUAAAAAGUGCCUAACUCCCUCUCAGAUAGAUCUAGUAUAGAAUUGAAAAUAUUUGGAAUGUAAGGAGUUCCAAGACCUUUUAUAGAAGAGAGACAAAAAUCUAAAGCUAAAGAAUAUUGGGAUAAGAUUAUUAGUGAAAAGAACUAAAAAUUAAAGAAGGAGUAAAAGCUUAAAGAAAAGGAGCAAAAGAAAAAGCAAAAAGCCUAAAAGUAAACAGUAGAAGUAGAAGAAAAGGUACAAGAAUAAGAGAAAAAAGCAGAAGAAAAUUUCGACAUGACUGGAUUCUCUUUUGGUUUUGGAUUAGAUCUCAAUGCUGGAUAAGAAAAUAAGAAGGAUAACUUCAAGCCUAGCAAUAUCUUUGGUUUUGAGUGA